UUUGAUUCCCGUCACAGAGCGGUUAUACAAUCUGUGCCCUCACUUGAGCCUGCCAGAAUUAAACCCCACCAUGUUCUGCCUUUAAGAACGGCUUCACAACAAGCUGCCAGAAUGAUCAAAACAAAAUUUACAAGCAGGAAAACGAAGGACUUCAAUCUCUCGCUAAUAAAUCAUGUGUGAAAGGAAGCCACAGCGAGAAAAUGGCUUCUCACAAGUCAAAGACUGGAACCAAGAUAAAUGUUACAAAGGCUGCGGAGGAAUCCAGUCCAGUGGAUGAAUAUGUCACACCUGGGGGCUAUGAGCUGGAGAAAAUCUUAAACCGUGGGAGUGUGGCUUACACUCAUGUCAACGAGGUCUGGCCUCAUGUCUACAUCGGGGACGAGGAGACUGCAAAGGACAAGCACAAUCUGAAGAGGUUGGGGAUUACGCACAUCUUGAACGCAGCAGAGGGGACGUGGAACAAUGUGGACACUGGAGCUGGUUACUAUAGUGAUAUGGCCGUCGUCUAUUACGGCGUGGUAGCAGAAGACGUCACAACCUUUGACAUCAGCCAGUAUUUCCACUCUGCUGCCCGGUUUAUAGAAGAAACACUGAGCAAUCCUCAGAAUAAACUGCUGGUGCACUGUGUGAUGGGAAGGAGUCGGUCUGCCACACUCUUCCUCGCCUACCUCAUGAUCUGUGAGAAGAUGACGGUGGUCGACGCCAUCGAGCACGUGAAGAGAUGCAGGAGGAUCAUCCCCAACUGGGGCUUCAUGAAACAGCUGAGAGAGCUGGACAUGCAGCUCCAUGAGCCAAUAGAAGAGAGGACAAAGCAGAGCUGACUGGAGCACUCGUGGGGCAAGUCGAGCCUCAGGUUCGAGCCUCAAGUUACUGGACACGAGUUGAAGUGGGGUUUCAAGUAAUUUGAGACAAGUCCAUGUCAAGUUUCAAGUCAUUGGGGACGAAUAAAAGUCCAAGUUCCAGCGAAAGUAAUUCAGGACAAGUUGUGUUCUCAAGUAUAUCAGAGCAAAUCUCAGGCCAAGUCUCAAAUCAUUCAAGAGAAGUCUGAGUCAAGUUUCAAGUCAUUGGGGACAAAUUAAAGUCUCUAGUCAUUCAAGUCCAAGUCACGUCAAAAGUCAUUCAGGACAAGUCAAAGUCUUAAGAAUUUCAGAGCAAAUCUCAGACCAAGUCUCAAGAAAUUUAAGACAAAUCAAAGUCAAUUCACAAGUUUCGAGACGAGUUCAAGUCAAAAGUCAUUCAGGACAAGUCCAAUUUAGGUCUCAAGUAAUUUGACAUAAGUCCAAGUAGAGUCUCAAGUAAUUUGUGAAAAGUCAAGUUGCAAGUCAUCGAAGACAGGUCCAAGUCAACUUUAAGUGAUGUGAGACAAAUCCAGGUUAAGUAUCAAGUCGACCAGUGUAAAUCUCAUCAUGUCUCGAGUCAUGUCACAAGUGUAAAUAAGCAAAUUGCAAGUCAAGAUGCAAGAUUUCAGGUCUCUGAAUGCUGUCCGUGAAAAUGACACAGCAUGUGAAAAUUUUCCCUUUAAAGUUGUGUUAACUAUAUUGUUUACAUAUGAAUGACGAUUUUUUUUUAAUGUAGAGGUCUGAUAAUUAAAUAUUUGAUGUGUAAGGACAUGCAAGACCUGCUUGUUGUUGUCCCAUUAGUUGUUGUUUUUUCACUUUUCUGGGAUUUUACCAAGAAAAAACAUGAGACGUGAAUGUUUUUGCUUUGUCAAGUUGGGGUUUUAGAGGGUGAAACAAGAAGUAAAUCAAGUCUCAGAGCAGUCGAGUCCAAGUCAAGUUUCCUUUUUGACUUCUUUUUAUUUUAAAAUACUUUUUCUGCAGAGAAAACAGCUGCCUGGAUUUACCACAAAUUCAAUCAUUGCAUUCUCAUUCUGUGACACGCCUCAGGCUAGUAAAUAUGUCAAAUUAAAGGAGAACAAUCAA